AGUGAUGUCUCUUUAAGAGUGGAACCCUUAGCUGAAACAAUUGUACAACCCCCAACAAGUCAUUGAAUCUGUCAAUCACUCGGUCGGAGCCCUUUGAUGUUGGUAGUCCUAGCCUUGUCUUCAGCUCAAAUGCACUAUUUGUUGCUGCCGGGGCUGCAUUACUUUCAACUUGCGAGGCUCCUACACUGCAUAACAACUUUUGUUUUGUGUCGCGUAUUCACGUGUCUCCUGAGAGGAGGAUAGGAUACUAGCUAAGGAGAGAAAAAGUUUUCACCCUCUGGCUGGUGAACGGAAACUGCAGCGUUUUAAUUUCUUUUCUAAGCAAAAUGCCGCAGCUCAACAGUGGCGGGGGAGAUGAUCUCGGAGCGAACGACGAAAUGAUUUCUUUCAAGGAUGAAGGCGAACAAGACGAAAAGAUACAGGAGAACGCUUUCACAGAGAGGGACUUGGCUGACCUCAAGUCGUCUUUGGUGAAUGAAUCGGAGAUAAAUCAGAACUCCAACGCAGUGGUGGUCAGGCGGGGACAACACGACGACCAGAGAGUUUACCCCGAAAAACACAGAGAACAUCUCGAGGAUGUGUCUAAGCAGGAUGGGGGAAUGUACAAAGCACCAGCGUACUCAGGUUAUCCAUUCCUGAUGCUGACCGACCCAUACCUCCCCGCCGGAUCUGUGUCACCAUCUUCCAACAAAGUGUCGGUGGUCCAGCAGUCCCAUGGGAUGCCACCCCUGAAUCUCCUGCAGUACCCCAGCGCAGACCACUUCAACCCCAACUCGCCACACCUGCCCACAGACAUGAGCCAGAAAGGCGUGCACAGGCACCAGCCCCAGGAUCUGUCCAGCUUCUACUCCUUACCCCCUGGGGGCGUAAGCCAAAUCACGCCCUCCAUGAGCUGGUUCUCUCACUCUCUGAUGCUGGGGCCCGGCGGUAUGCACCCCACAGGUAUCCCCCACCCCGCAAUAGUGCCCCCCUCAGGCAAACAGGAGCAUGACCAGUACGACAGAAAUAUGUAUGCCAAACCCCAUCCAGAGCCAAAGAGGGAGAAGGAGCCCAAGAAGCCGGUGAUCAAAAAGCCCCUGAACGCUUUCAUGCUGUACAUGAAGGAGAUGAGGGCCAAGGUGAUCGCAGAGUGCACCCUGAAGGAGAGCGCCGCCAUCAACCAGAUCCUGGGCAGACGGUGGCACGCCCUAACCCGUGAGGAGCAGGCCAAGUACUACGAGCUGGCCCGCAAGGAGCGGCAGCUGCACAUGCAACUCUACCCCACCUGGUCCGCACGCGACAACUACGGAAAGAAGAAGAGGAGAAAACGGGAGAAGCAGCAGCAAGACCCCACCACAGAACCUGGCUCUCCUAAGAAAUGCAGAGCUCGCUUCGGCCUCAACCAACAAACGGAAUGGUGUGGUCCCUGCAGGAGGAAAAAGAAGUGCAUUCGCUACCUUCAGGGAGGACGGUGCGCCAGCACACAUUCUUCCGAUGGGAGUGCUAUAGACUCGCCCACCUCGUCCCCCACGUACCCCCCUUUCCAGCAGCCGCACUCCCCACUUCCACUCCCCACGCCUGCCCCUGUCCACGCCCCCACGCCACUCCCUCCCAGCCCCCCAUUGCCCGGCUCACCACACGGCAAACGCCACCAUCACCCCCACCACCACCACCACCACCACUCUCACCACCAGUCGCACCACCGGCCCAAACUCCUCGGACUUUCCGUUCAAACUUUAACCAGGCAACAACAGAAAUGCCCGCCCCCGUAGGUGCUGUACCCACUGUAGACGUAUAUUCUGUAUACAAAUAUUAUGUAUAGUAUGUCUAUGGUAGCCACUGUACAGCAACCUCUUCUUCUAUCCACACUAAGCACCUAUUCCUGAAAAGGCAUCACCCCCCCACCACCACCACCCAUCACAGCUGCCAUGUUACCCCACCCCCCCCUCCCAGCCCCCACUCAUCCUCAGGGGGAAAAGAUCAAACUGCACCCUAAUGCAAACCACUCCCACACCUGGAAAUGGCGAGGUCAGGUCACACACCAAACCAGCCAAGCCACAUCACAAGACGAGACGAGCACUCAAGAGGAUAGAGGACCCAGUCAUACUGUGGGCUUCUUUGUUGUUUUCUUCUUUCUCUUCUUUUUAAAAAGUGACCUGAAGUUACAACCCACUUUUAAACGAGCUGCCAAGGGUUUUUUUUUUGGCUAAUCGACCACUGUUUGGUGCUGUGAUGUAUUAUUUUAAAAGGUGUUUUUGUCAUAUUUAUCCAUUUCUGUAACACUCUCCAAUCAUGUUUGACAGCAAACGUUAUUCAUACUUAAAAUGGGUAUGAGUCUUGGUUUUAAGAGAUGACCACUGUCAGUGAAAAACAGCUUCCAAGUACAAAAUGUUUUUUAUAUGUAACAGUCAGACUGUUUGUUCAUUCCAUGUUCGUUGUUACAUUUUGUUCUGAGGGAAGUAAGACUUCCAGUUCAUGAAAUGGUUUUUACCGAAGUCUUAAAUCUUUCCUAUACACUCCAAUACGAGUAAAUCUGCUUUAACACAUAUACAAGUUCUCACUUUUCCAUGGUCGGGUUUUGUGUAUUUUUUGUUACAGUUCUACGAGUUCUAUGGCACUUCCUUACAAAAAACUGCAUUUUGGAUUGGCCAACCAAAGAUUCUGAAAUGUACGUUCCACAGUCUUACAUGGUGUUAAUGGAAAGGUUUUCUUUUGUAGGUCCUUGAAUCAAUUUCAACCCCUUUUUGAGAUUCACAGAUUCCUCACUUACUCAACAAAUGUUUUCCUUGCUUGGUGUUGUUUACUUCCCAUUAUAAUUCCAUAGUCCUCACAGGCUAUUUAACAGACUUCCUUUCUGGCCAGUCACAGAUUUUUUUUAUUUUCAUUCGUUGUAAAGUUUUUAUAAAAAGUUGAAAUUCUUGAUUAUAUAAGUGAAAAAAAGCUUUUAUAUGUUUUAAAAUUAUUUUUAGUUUUUUUUUCCCUGUCCUACAAGCAAUACAUUGUUCUUUUUUUUUUCUUUUUGCAAAAUAGCGUUUCAAUGUUUCAGUAUUCUCUGCCUCCUGUUGCAGAAAUCUUUUUUUAAUUAUUAUUUUGAAAUGUCGUUUGCCACUGCCAUUGUGUGCAUGUACUGCCUUAGACUACCAAAACUACAGCUGACAAGACAUAGCUUUAUCGCUGUGGUCAUGCUUGUGCACUCUCUGCCCUGGAGUUACCCAAGGUUACCAGACGGAGUUGAAGAGAUUAAAAAGCUGCAAACAGACUGUC